AUGGCAUCCUCCUCAGAUCCCGACGCGAACCCGCAAGCUCUACCCGCAGGCCUCACGCCAGACUCGGUCGACGUCCCCUCCGAGCUCUACACCAUCCUCUCCCGCCUGCGCUACACAGACAAGAACGGCGCAUCCACAAAUGGCGACGGUGAUUCCAACAAACCUGGCGCCAACACUCCUGCCGGCGGCUUGCCGGGCUCGACUCCAUCGGGAGGCGCAAUUGCCACAGCAAAUGGAUCCGACACAAAGACACUGUCUACCAAAGAUCUCACUGCUGCCACCGACCCGCUGAAGCACAAGAUCCAGCGCGCCCGCGCCGCAGUCCACACCCUGCCCGACAUCACCAGGACGAUCCCAGAACAGGAGGCGGAGAUCAAAGAGUGGCAGGACAAGAUCGAGAGCCAGCGCAAGGUUCUGCAGCAGCUGAAGGAGUUCGGUAUCCAGUUCAGCCAUGGGAGUACAGAUGCGCCCAGAACUCCAACUCCUGAUGCUGCUGCGGACAGCCUUGCGGUCUCGGGUGCGACGGAUAGUGUCGUGGACAGCGCGUCGACGGAUACAAUCAGAGACGACCGCGCUCCUGUCUCCAGCCCUGUGACUCCCACGCCCAAGGGCCGAAAUGUCGCUGCUGACGCGGGAGGCGAUGUCGCCGGGGAUGCAAGUGGUGUCGGAUCUCAAACCAUAACCCCGGACAGACCACUACAGCCCGACAUCGAUGCCUACGGCUUGGGAAGUCGAAUCGAAGACCCACAUCAAGCACAGGCACAGAGCCACUCUCAUGAUGCCUCAGAACCUAUUCCAUUCCGAAUUCCGGCCUCUAUCGGUAAGCUCGAGGACCACCAGGAUGAUGAUCCUUUUAGCGAUUCAGGACUCUAUGGGGCUGUGGGUGCUGCUAGAGUUGAAGAGGGGACUGAGGCAACGGGCUCAACGGAUGUCGUGUGCGAAAACGCUGUCUCUUCGCCUCCCGUCGACGCUGGACAGGUGGGAGAGAGCUUAAUGAAUGACCUCGUAGCUCCCCAUGUGAUCGGUGAGAAGCCUUAUGGACAGCCCCUUGAGCAGCCCCCUGAGGAGCCUCAUGGGGAGCAUGGCGCAAGUACAGCUGCCAGUGUUCCAAACACCACGGAGGCAGAGGCUGAGAAGAAAGAAACUCCUGCUUUGGAAGCGAUUGAUGAGGACACGCAAACUGCGCCAACACCACGCCCACACCAGCAAUUCCUAAUGGAUAUCGUGGGCGAAAACGAUGUCUCUUCGUCUCCCGUCGAUAUAAGGCUGGCGGAAGAGAGCACAAUGGACAGCUUUAUUGCUCCUUGUGUGAUUAACUGGGAGCCUCAUGAGCAGCUAUGUGAGCAUGAGCAAUCCUGUGAGCAGUCCCAUGAGCAGUCCCAUGCGGAGCGUAGUGCAAGUACGGCCGCCAUUGGCCCGAUCACCAUGGAGACAGGGCCCGAGAAGGAAGAGACUGCCGUUUUGGAAACAACUGACGAGGCAGUGCCGACUGUGCCACCACCGCACCCACAGCAGCAGGCUCCAACCCAGUCCUUCAGCAUUACCGACACGCAACCUGCUUCUCCCAAGGGAAAGCAAGUGGAUGAAGCCAAUACAGAGCCUGCAAGCGAUAACGAUUCUGCAGCAUCCAGUCUGGACGCACCAAAGUGCUUGGUGACAAUUCCCAUUCCGCCGCACUACCAUGAGGUCAGAAACUAUCUCUGGUUCAAGAAGUCGAUAGCGGAUGCCCAGCCUGCUCCUGAGACCCAACCCGAACUGCGUACUCCAUCCCCAAGGAAACCACCCAAGAAAGCCCCUGGCACCUCGGGGGCACGGCGCACGCGGGCCUUGAAGAAAACGCUAUCCAAGGCUCCCGCUGACGAUGACAACUGGUCGCCACGUCUCACCCGGAGCGCGAAGAAGGCAGCAAAGGAAACCGAGGCAGCCGCCACACAGGCACCCUCACCGCCCCCACGGGCGACGCCGAUCAAGAAAAUCACGCUCCAUUUCACUCGCAAACCGAAGGUCGAGACUGACAGCGACGCCGCACCGGAGACUGAGGCGGAGGAGGAGCGCAGCCGGGAAAGCAGGGAGGCGUCCGAUGGACCGGGCAUGGAAGUUGGUAGCUUUUAUGACGGACAUGCUGAUGAGCUGGAUCCUGAUGCCGACGAGGACGAGGAUGCCGACGCCGAGGAGGAGGUUAUGUUGUUGUAG